AUGCUGGGGUUCAACGUGGGGCCCGACCAGCCCCUGCCCUGCGCCGCCGACACUGCCUGGACCGCAGAUUCAUCUACGUCCUGUCCCAAACUGUCGUGUCGUGUUGCUGCAGACGCGGUGGCGAGAUGGCCGGGCACCUUGUCAGUGGAUGGAAACUUGGCCGGAGAGCUGGGGUGCUGGGCCAGGGUCCAGUCCAUCUGUGUCUCCCUUCUCAAGGUGCCCCUGAUGUUCGGGUUCCUGUACCUCUUUGUGUGCUCCCUGGACGUGCUCAGCUCUGCCUUCCAGCUGGCAGGAGGCAAGGUGGCCGGGGACAUCUUCAAGGACAAUGCCAUCCUCUCCAACCCUGUGGCUGGGCUGGUGGUGGGCAUCCUGGUGACUGUGCUGGUGCAGAGCUCCUCCACCUCCACCUCCAUUAUCGUCAGCAUGGUCUCCUCAGGGCUACUGGAGGUGCGCUCUGCCAUCCCCAUCAUCAUGGGCUCCAACAUUGGCACCUCCGUCACGAACACCAUCGUGGCCCUCAUGCAGGCUGGUGACCGUAGUGAGUUCAAACGGGCCUUCGCUGGUGCCACGGUGCACGACUGCUUCAACUGGCUGUCGGUGCUGGUCCUGCUGCCGCUGGAGGUGGUGAGCGGGUACUUGCACCAUGUCACCCACCUGGUCGUGGCCACCUUCAACAUCCGCAGCGGGAAGGAUGCCCCUGACCUGCUGAAAAUCAUCACGGAGCCCUUCACCAAACUCAUCAUCCAGCUGGACAAGUCGGUGAUCACGGGCAUUGCAACGGGGGACGAGAGUCUGCGCAACCGGAGCCUCAUCCGCGUCUGGUGUGGCCCCACACCCCCACAGGUGAGGUGCCCAUCCCCCCCAAACUGCACGGCCCCUGGCCACUGCAGCACUAAGGGCAUCGAGACCCUCCACAACAUCACGAGGCAGAAGUGCGAGCACCUCUUCACCGACACACCGCUGCCCGACCUGGCCGUGGGGCUGGUGCUGCUGGCCGGGUCCCUCGUCGUGCUCUGCACCUGCCUCAUCCUCCUGGUCAAACUCCUCAACUCCCUGCUCAAGGGGCAGGUGGCCAAAGCCAUCCAGAAGGUUAUCAACACUGACCUUCCGCACCCGCUCAGCUGGCUCACCGGGUACUUUGCCAUGGUGGUGGGUGCUGGGAUGACCUUCGUGGUGCAGAGCAGCUCUGUCUUCACCUCGGCUAUCACACCCCUGAUCGGCCUGGGGGUGAUUAGCAUCGAGCGUGCCUACCCACUCACCCUGGGCUCCAACAUCGGCACCACCACCACUGCCAUCCUGGCUGCCCUGGCCAGCCCAGGGGACAAGCUGGCCAGCUCCUUCCAGAUCGCCCUCUGCCACUUCUUCUUCAACAUCUCUGGCAUCCUGCUGUGGUACCCGCUGCCCUUCACCCGCCUGCCCAUCCGCAUGGCCAAGGCGCUGG